CAGAGAACAUAAAUUCCGCUUUCCCCCCAACUUCCAUUCCUUCUCAAUUAAGUUUGAUUCGACUAUCCUUGGAUAUCUCAUUACUUCCCAGAAUUCAACAUCCUCCUAGCUGCAAUUGAACAUGCAGAGAGCACUUUCUUCCGCUGUCAGGGUCCGUCCCUCUUUCUCAACCGCGAGACCCUUGGCUCUUGCUUCAAGUCUUAUGUCAAGCCAUCAGCAAUCCCGGGCAUACUCUCACAAAGAAUUGAAAUUUGGUGUUGAAGGAAGGCAAUCGCUACUUGCUGGCGUGGACAUGCUCGCAAAAGCUGUGGCUGUCACUCUGGGCCCUAAGGGAAGAAGUGUUCUGAUUGAAUCAUCGUACGGAAGUCCCAAGAUUACAAAAGAUGGUGUAACGGUAGCAAAGGCUAUUACACUGAAAGAUAAAUUUGAGAACUUGGGCGCUCGUUUGCUUCAGGAUGUCGCGUCAAAGACAAACGAGGUUGCUGGAGACGGUACUACUACCGCUACGGUUCUUGCUCGUGCUAUCUUCACUGAGACUGUCAAGAACGUUGCCGCUGGCUGCAAUCCCAUGGAUCUUCGCCGCGGAACACAAGCGGCUGUUGAGGCCGUUGUCGACUAUCUUCAGAAGAAUAAGCGAAAUAUCACCACCUCGGAGGAGAUCGCUCAAGUCGCAACUAUUUCCGCAAAUGGUGACCAGCAUAUUGGAAACUUAAUUGCUCAGGCUAUGGAACGGGUUGGAAAGGAGGGUGUUAUUACUGUUAAGGAGGGAAAAACCAUUGAGGACGAACUGGAGGUUACGGAGGGAAUGAAAUUCGAUAGAGGAUAUGUUUCACCCUAUUUCAUUACCGACACCAAGACCCAGAAGGUUGAGUACGAAAAGCCUCUAAUCCUUCUAAGCGAAAAGAAGAUCUCUGCUGUUCAGGACAUUAUCCCCGCCCUAGAGGCUUCUACUACGAUGCGUCGCCCUCUUGUUAUCAUUGCCGAAGAUAUCGAUGGCGAGGCUCUUGCUGUGUGUGUUCUCAACAAACUCCGUGGACAGCUCCAGGUCGUUGCUGUCAAGGCCCCCGGUUUCGGCGACAACCGCAAGUCCAUCCUUGGGGAUAUCGGCGUUCUGACCAAUGCAACCGUUUUCACUGAUGAGUUAGAUGUCAAGCUCGAGAAGCUUACUUCUGACAUGCUUGGUAGCACUGGCUCGAUCACCAUUACUAAGGAAGAUACUAUCAUUCUCAAUGGUGAAGGUUCCAAGGAUAUUAUUGCACAGCGUUGUGAACAAAUCCGUGGUGUUAUGAACGACUCCACUACUUCUGAGUACGAGAAGGAGAAGCUCCAAGAGCGCCUUGCAAAGCUUUCAGGUGGUGUCGCUGUUAUCAAGGUUGGUGGAGCUUCGGAAGUUGAGGUUGGAGAGAAGAAAGACCGAUUUGUCGACGCUCUCAAUGCUACCCGUGCUGCCGUCGAGGAAGGGAUCCUUCCUGGAGGUGGUACUGCUCUACUAAAGGCAUCCACAAACGCACUAGGUAAUGUCAAGGUUAACAACUUUGAUCAGCAACUCGGUCUCUCGAUUGUCAAGUCGGCAAUCACUCGCCCCGCACGCACAAUUGUUGAGAACGCAGGAGGUGAGGGGUCUGUGGUUGUUGGGAAACUUACUGGAGAGUAUGGUGGAGACUUCAAUAUGGGUUACGAUGCCUCCGGGGGCGAAUAUGUCAACAUGAUCGAGGCUGGUAUUGUGGACCCACUGAAAGUUGUCAGAACUGCUCUCGGUGAUGCUUCCGGUGUUGCCAGUCUUCUUGGUACUACCGAAUGCACAAUCGUCGAUGCUCCGGAGGAGAAGGGACCCCCAGGUGGAGGUAUGGGAGGCGGUAUGGGAGGAAUGGGAGGAAUGGGUGGGAUGGGUGGUUUCUAGGUGUGAAGAGGUAUUGGGGAUGCUGAGUGUGGCCUUGAAAAAUAAUGCGUAGUUAUGUAUCAUUGAGCGAAUGCUUUUACCCCCUCCUUACCUUCCUU